ACAAAUCAGUAUAUUCGUUAAAUAUUUGAAAUUAUAUUUAGAGUUAUCUCUGUGUUGAUAAACAUUAUCUGAUAAAAGCCUUUUUCUUCUGAAUAUCUUUUGACAAUCUUAUGAUUGCAAAAGUAAUAUAAAAUAAUUUAAUAGUUUGUGAAUAUUAAAAUAGGUAAAGUAGUAUUGAGGGAUUUAAGUUGUACAAAACAAAAGAUUAUUUUUUAAGAUAUCGCAAUAUGGCACGAAGAACUGGUGCUAUAAAAUUAGCAAAGCUUCGAGAAUUAAUGAAAAAUAUUCAGAUUGGUGCUAUUAAAGAAGAAGGAAUUCAAGCUAUUGUUGUAAAUUCAGAGGAUGCUCAUCAGUCCGAAUACUUACGAGAACACGAUCAAAGGCUUAAAUUUAUAAGUGGAUUUACCGGAUCUCUUGGUACAGCAGUUAUUACCACAGACAAAGCAUUACUUUGGACGGACGGAAGAUAUUUUACUCAAGCUACAGAAGAAUUAGAUCCAUCAGAAGAAUGGACUCUUAUGAAAGAAGGUUUAUUAGAGACACCUACCAUGCAAGCUUGGUUGGCUUCUAAUUUGCCGCCAAAAUCUGUGGUCGGUGCAGAUCCAAAUUUAUUAAGUUACACAAAAUGGGUUACAUUGCACACUGCCCUGGUUGCUGCAGGACAUACCUUGCUACCACUUGAAGAAAAUUUGGUAGAUAAAGUAUGGGGCAAUGAACAACCAUUACCUGCGGCAAACAAUAUCCUCCCUCAAUCACUGCAUUUUUCUGGUAAAAGUGCAGGCGAAAAAAUUAAUUUGUGUCGCGACACUAUGAAACUGAAUAGUGCCAAAAUACUUAUUAUUACUGCUCUGGAUGAGGUUGCAUACCUUUUAAAUUUAAGAGGUUCUGACAUUCCUUAUAAUCCUGUAUUCUUUGCAUUUGUGGUUAUUACUAUGGAAGAAGUACAUAUGUUUGUGGAUGUUACUAGAUUAACAGAACCAGCGCAACAACAAUUAAAAAAUGAAGGGGUGAAUCCUACUUUCCACCCAUACAACGAUAUACAUAGCUUUUUAAAACAAAAAGCAGCUUAUUGUACAAACGAUUUGGUAUGGAUAAGUAAUGGCUCUAGCUACGCUAUUCAUUCUGAUUGUGGAGAUAUGAACAAGCAUAUAGCUAUUUCUCCUGUCAGUAUAGCUAAGGCAAUUAAAAAUCCUAUAGAAAUAGAAGGAAUGAAAGCUGCUCACAUACGCGAUGCGGUUGCACUUAUAAAGUAUUUUGCUUGGUUAGAGGAUAAAAUAAAAAAUAAAAAGGAACAUGUUACAGAGAUUUCUGGAGCGAGUCAACUUGAAAAAUUUAGAACGGAGCAAAAGCACUACGUCGGUUUAAGUUUUACUACUAUUUCGUCGGUUGGUCCACACGGUGCCAUUAUUCAUUAUGCACCAUCUCCAGAAACAGACGUUCCAAUUACGGACAAAGAAUUUUAUCUAUGCGACUCAGGAGCGCAAUACAAAGAUGGAACUACAGAUGUCACACGAACUAUACAUUUCGGCGUACCUACGGAUUAUCAACGAGAGUGUUUUACACGAGUGUUCAAAGGGCAAUGUCGUUUAUCGUCUACAAUCUUUCCUUUAAAAACAAAAGGCAAUUAUUUGGAUACUUUAGCGCGUGAAAGUUUAUGGAGUGUCGGACUUAAUUAUUUACACGGUACGGGACAUGGAAUAGGAUCCUAUUUAAAUGUUCAUGAACAACCAAUUGGUAUAUCUUGGAAACCGUAUCCCGAUGAUCCUGGCUUACAACCAGGAAUGUUUUUAUCUAAUGAACCAGGAUAUUACGAAGAUAAAGAAUUUGGUAUCAGAUUAGAGAACAUAGAGCUAGUUGUAACAGCGAAAACUCCAUAUAAAUUUAAAAAUAUCAAGUUUCUUACAUUUGAAACUGUAACACUUGUUCCAAUUCAAACCAAUUUGCUCGAUGUCUCUUUAUUGACGAACGAAGAGAUUAAUUAUUUAAAUAAUUAUCAUGCGAAAUGUCUGAAAACAUUGAGUCCUUUGCUCCAGGAUCCUGAAAAUGUUCAAGCGCUUCAAUGGCUUAAAAGAGAAACGCAACCUAUAAGCAAAUAAUAAUAUAUAUAACUCUGUGAUGAUUCUAAAUGGAGAGGGAGAAAAAAAAAGAAUUAUGACUUUCAUAAGAGAUUUUUGUAAUAUUCACAUCGAUAAUAUUUUUACAAUGUAUACGCCGAUUCUAAUGGGGGAUAUUUUGUAUACAUUUGUGAUAUCAUGUUAUAAAACUGAUUUAAAUAAGAACGUAAGAUGAAUUUUUGUUAUUAUGUUUAAAAAAUGUUUUCCAUUUUCCUUUAUAUAAAAUUUGGACUAUAUAUAAAUAUAUUUUUUCCUUUUUCAAUAAAAUUUUCUAUACGAAUCCAC